UGGCUUUGUUGUUGUUGUUGUCGCCGUUCGCUUGUUGUUGCACUAAAAAGACGAAAAAAGGAAGGAAAAUCACUGGCGCGGAAUAACAAUUAACAAAAUGGAAUAAUUGCAUUGCUGUCGCCGUAACUCAUCAGUUAAAUGUGCGCCAGUAAACAGUCGAUGCAGCAACGAAACACAUGAGCUAUUGGCGUGUGACGUCAUCGUUUUUGCUAGCCAGGGCACGGCCACGCCUCCCACAAACAUUACGCCCACUGAGCACCAUGAACGAAUGCCGGAAGAACAUCACAAACAUCACAAACAUUACAGCGAACAACAGCAUUCUAUGCGCAAAGAGCAUUAGCAAAAAGCAUUUGUUUCUAGAGAAACGGAGCAUGUCGGAUCGUUCGGAGAACUCCAAGGAUGUGGCAAAGGGACAGGAUAUAUCAAAUCCAAUGGAACUAACAGCCGAGGAUCGACUGGCCAUUGAGGAGCGGCAAAAUAAAGCGUUCGCCUUCUUCGCCGAAACCCUGCAAAUCUACGGCGUCGAGGAGCUAAUUUUCUGUUUCAACGGCGGCAAGGAUUGCACCGUGCUGCUCGAUCUCCUUAUGCGUUACCUGCGCCAGGAGAACAUCUCCAGCGGCGACAUUCCCAUGCUGUACAUUAAAUCCGGCGAUUCGUUUCCGGAAAUCGAUGAGUUCGUCGAGCGUUGCGUACGCAACUACCGCGUCCAGUUGGUUCAGUACGAGGGUACGCUCAAGGAGGCACUCACCCACAUGUCGUCGGACAUGCCGCGGAUCAAGGCCGUCUUCGUGGGCAGCCGCAACACGGAUCCCUACUGCCAGCAUCUGGCGCCCAUGCAGCCCACGGACAACGACUGGCCGCCGAUGAUGCGCCUGAAUCCGCUGCUGGAGUGGAGCUACCACGACGUCUGGCACUACAUCCACUUGAACUCGGUGCCCUAUUGCAGCCUGUACGAUCGGGGCUACACCUCGAUCGGGAAUCGUGCGAACACAGUGCCUAAUCCGCACCUCCGACGCACCGAUGCCGAGUGUGAAUGUGGUUCUAAUUCCGAUGCCGUCUGCUCCUGCGAUCUGGGUGGCUAUCGGCCCGCCUGGGAGCUCCAGGAUGCCACCAUGGAGCGUGCUGGUCGCCUGCCCAGGAAGUAGGAUUCCAUUUGCGUGGCUAUAGUGUAAUUGAAUAGCUUAAACUCCAGUUAGUCACGAAACUUUAUAUAGCUGUGUAUAUAUAUUAACGUGUGAUCUGGAUUUCGGUAAACAAACUUAAUUUAGUAAAAUUUUGUACGACCUAAGGUAUGCCGCUGAAUAAAUGUGGCCUCUGUUAGCAGGCCACUUAAGCAGU